AUGCGAUGUUAUUUUCGACGAUUGAUCUAUCUUUUACUGUUAGUAGUUUCAUUAGUUAUUCUUUAUCAACUAUAUAUUAUAAUUCAUAAAUCAAUAAAUUCUCAAUCACCUUUUAUAAUAAUUCAUUUGAAAAAUCGUACUUAUCGUAUACUUUCUUCGUCGUUUAAAUAUAAUUCUCAUGAAUCAUAUCUUAAUUUUGCUUAUUUUAAUGUUGAACAACGUUCUCGAGUGUUAUAUAUUGAUUAUCUAUAUGAUAUACCGGUUUCAUCUCAAUGGCAAUCGAGCGGACAUUUGUAUCCAAUACAAAUUGCUCAAUUUGGUCUCAGUCAUUGGAGUCGGUUAAAAUUAAAUUCGAAGACUAAACAAAAUCAUAUUCAUAGAUUUGAACGAAUACAACCAAGUAAAAAUGAUUAUUGUUCAUCAUGGUAUAUAAUAAAAAAUAAAAUUUUUCUCUCUGAUACUUUUAUUCAUUUUACAAUUUCAUCAAAUUGUUCAUUACAUUUUCAAUUUUUGAACAAUAAUAUUGAACUUAUUUAUUCAACAAUGAUAAUCAAUGAUUUAACAAGUUCAACAAAAAUAAUUAUUCCACUCCAAGGUUUUCCUCGUCAAGUUAAUCGACAUAUGUUAAUUGAUAUAGAAAAAUCGAUUCAAAAGAUACUUUUAAUUAAAAAUGAUUUCAUUCAAAUUCGAAUUUGUGGUGAACCAAAUUCUUUUAUCAAUCAAUUAAUUAUCGGUAAUCAAACAUUAUAUAGUCAACAAGCAUUUUAUUCAGCAACACGAUGGUUAUUAAAUACUCAAGAUUUUAAAACAGGUUGUUGGUUUAUUCAUGUUAAACGAAAUUAUGGUAAUCAUCAUCAAUAUCAUUUACGAAUGCCAUGGUGUUCAGCAAUGGCACAAGGUCAAGCAGCAUCUUUACUUGUUCGUCUUUAUUCGCUUACAAAAGAUAUUCAACAUUUAUUAGCUAUUCGUCGAGCUAUUCAACCUUUGUGGUCAUCAAAUAUGACUCGAGCUUAUUUUAAUAAUCGUUUUCUGUGGCUUGAAGAAUAUCCAUUAGAAUCACAUGGUAAAGGUCUUUUUGUUCUUAAUGGAUGUCUUUAUGCUUUACUUGGUACCAUUGAUGUUUAUACAAUUGAUCCUCAACCUUAUUUAUUGGAAUUAAUUAAUGAAAUAAUUAUUUCAUUACAUCAUAUGCUUCCAUAUUAUAUACAUCCUACAAUUUCAAAUUGGUCUCUCUAUGAUUUAAGUCAUAUAACAAUGAAAUCAAAAAUAAAUACAGCUUCGGAUUCAUAUCAUCUUGUACAUAUAAUUCUACUUCAAUGUUUAAGUCAAUUAUUUAAAAAAACAAAUUUUUCGACAUCGCAACUAUUUGAUUUAUAUGCUCGAAGAUUUAUAUCAGCUAUUUCGUAA